CUUAGUGCCCGGCCUUGCAGUUUUGAUCUUUUCUUCUCCCGGAGCGGAGGCCUCUGCUGCAGCCAUGUUACGCCAGAUGUUCAGUCAGGCCAGGAAGCAUCCGAGCUUGAUCCCCCUCUUCAUAUUUAUUGGAGCAGGAGGUACUGGAGCAGCACUAUAUGUCUUGCUCCUGGCGUUGUUCAAUCCAGAUGUCAGUUGUGACAGGAAGAAUAACCCAGAACCGUGGAACAAACUGGGUCCCAAUGAUCAAUACAAAUUGUACUCAGUGAAUGUAAAUUAUAGCAAACUGAAGAAAGAAGGUCCAGACUUCUAAAUGCAAUGUUUCACUAUAAAGCU